CAACCGCCGACGGGAAACCCCAAGGAAUUUUUUUCUUCCUCCGCCGCGCCGGCAUCUUUUGGACAUCUGACAGCUCCGUCCACCACAAGCCACGCAGGCGGUCGUCGAUACCCAGCCUGUUGAUUAUACAGAAGAAGAAUUAUGGCCGUGGACGUUGCUGAGAAAAAGCGCAAGCGCGCGUCCGACAGACACGAGCGCCCGAGCAAGAAGCCGGCUCUGGACCCUCAGGACCUGCCGCCGCUCAAAGCCAGUGUCGUCGAAGAUGAGAGCGAGUUGGCUCCAGUGAUAGUUACGACACCCGGUCUUCAACCGCCCCGAAAACUGCCUCUCCACCCUUACUUUAAGUCUCGUCGAGAUACUGACUCGUCGUCUUCCCGCGGUCGCAACCCUGGUAUCGUCUCGUCAGAAAUCCUGUUGCAGUCGUCGGAACACCCCAAGCUCGACUUUGUCGGUCGCGAGGCCGAUGAUGAUGCGGACGCCCAGCUGAAACAUUAUAUUGCCGUUGUGGACCCUGCGCAGAAGACAUGGCAGUUUGUGGAGGCUCGAAAGGUCACACUGAGAGGUGUGGUGAGGAGGUUGAAGGUGAGAGGGGAUAAGGAGGAGGAAGAGGAAGAAGAUGAGGUGCAAACCAUCCGUGCUCAGCGGAAUGCCCUUACCGAUGCCUUCGGUACGAAACAAUCUCGCAAGGCGGCCCAGUCUGUGGCGGAGAACGCGACGCUGUCCAAUGCUCCUGCUGGGCAGACGAAUGCGGCCGAGUCGGCUCUGCUGUCGUCCAUGCCUGUGGACACGCUCGCCAUGAAGGACAAGGAAAAGGCUGUUCAGGCAGAGAUCCAGGCCGCGAAACCCAUACCGCAGGCGAACCUAUCCGCUUCGCAUCCCUCCGAUGUCUAUACGCUCGACGUGCUUGUGGCGGGCGGAGUAUCUACGCUGCGGCAGCUGCCUAACAUUAAGGAGUGGCAGGAUUCAGUAGCCGCCGGUAGGGAAGUACGUGUCACGUCUCGAUAUGUGGUGAACCGUGUGAAUGCGGUUGUGGAAUCGGGAAAUACGACUCAACUCCAAAUUCUGCGAUAUAUCCUGCUACUGCUCGAAUUCGCACGCUCUCUCCGCGGCGGAGCCAAAGCCGGUGGCACUCUUCCGCCUGGCAGUAAGCGUCUUCCCCCUCGCGACGACCUACGCCGGAUUCUAUCGUCUACGCUUGGUGGAAAUCCCUCAGAGAAGAUAGCACCAUCAGCUGUGCUCCCAGAUCCCGUCAUCGAUUCCAUCCGUCGCAAGCACGCUCCGCAAGGCUCGCAUCUUACCAAGACAGACAUCACCCUCCUCCACACUACCAUCUGUGCUCUUUCUCUCCAUAUACCCCCGGCUCCAGCCAAGGAUGGCGGUUCCAGCUCCCAGGGCGGCAACUCGCCCAACGAGCUGGCUACCGACCCAUCCGACCUGCGCGACGACCUCCGUCUCGACAACCAAGUCAUCCUGCAAUACUUCCGCGAAUUGGGCUGUCGCGUCGACAGGCCUCGCGAGAGCGAGUUUGCCAAAUGGGGCAUCAAGGGUGGCAAGGUCGAAGCAGCUGCUAGACGGGUGUGUCGUCUGCGUGUGCCCGUUGAGUUCCCGAAGGUGAGCCGCGGUGGGAGGAGAUAGAAGGAGAUACAUAGAAGUACAUUUGCGUGUAUAGGAAGGAGUGGAUGAUGUCCGUAUAAUUGCGGUUUUAUUUUCUUUUUCUUUUUCUUUUUGUUCCCAAGGUACAGUACAUGUAGAUAGAUUCUCGGAGUUUUUUCUUUCGAAACUGGAUUUCAUUGAAGAUCAAAAAAAGCGUGGAGUUCAAAAUUAUACUUUACUAUUUAUUUUUCAAAUUGAAUCGAGUCCUCUAAGUACUAGCUGAUUGUAACAUGGCAAG